CUCUAGUGAGAUGAGGCUACCAGAUCCAGAUUAUACUGUCUGUGCCGUGUCAACCUGUUUGUCAUAGAAUCCAAGUAUAUUCUCCGGUCCGAGUCAUUGCGCUAUGCUUUGGGAGACUAUUCUCUACACUCUGUGCCCUUCGUUGAAUCGACUCAUCCAGAAGGGAAAUAUACAGUACUUUGUCGAUGGUCGGAAUGUAUAUAAACCUCCGUCCCGACAGUUCAACACUUCCAAAGCACCUGUAAAUCAAGUUCUUCUAUUCUUGUGUUAUAAUUCCCAUGCAAUGAGCAAAACACCAGCAGCCCCGCCUCCACCCGGAGUGACUCCCAACUUUGACAAUCCGGAUGGCUCUGAAUAUGAGAUUUACUCCAUUAGUAUUGCCCUGUGUUCGACAGCAACUGUGGUCUUGCUGCUACGGUUGUACACACGAGUGGCUAUUCUCAGGGGCCUGAGCUCAGAUGAUUUGUGUUGUGUGAUGGGACAGAUCUGUGCAUGGAUAUUUGCCAUUCUCAGUAUUCUCAAUAUCAAGAAUGGAUACGGAGUGCACAUCUGGGACUUGUAUGCCGACAAGCUCAAGCCCUUUAAGCAGUACGACCUUGCAGAAGAAGGCAUCUACGCCCUCGGAGUCUGGUUUGUCAAGACGUCCAUUCUGCUCUUCUACCUCCGACUCAGCCCCGAGAAACGCUUCCGGCAAAUGACAUUUGCCAUCAUGGCUUUUGUAGCGGUAUACAGCAUCCUGAGCAUCUUCCUCUUUACGUUUGGAUGUAAUCCGAUCGCAGCACAAUGGGAUAUGACACUCAUGGACCACGCGACCUGCAUCGACCAGCUUGCAUUUGUCUAUGCCAAUGCCGUUUUUAAUGUCGUCUCUGAUGUAGUGACGCUGGUUCUGCCCAUCAGGCUGUGCUGGUCUCUGCAAACCAGGUUUCGACAGAAGCUUCUGCUGAUGAUUGUGCUGGUCAUGGGGUCUUUUGCUUGUAUCGUGUCGUGUGUUCGGAUCAUCACCAUGAUGCCCUUCCUGCAAAGCACUGACUUUACAUGGUUCAAAGUGACACUAGCGAAAUGGUGCAUGGUUGAGAUCAAUGUCGGCAUCAUCUGCUCCUGUCUCCCCAUCAUGCGUCCACUCCUCAUCCAGACCUUCCCACGCCUCUUCAGCACCGUCGACAGAAGUGAUGGCCAGCAACCCUCGGAUGAGCACAACAACGGUUAUCCUGUCGACAGACCUGCCCGAAGGUUCCGUAACUGGGAUCAUCUCACGACACUCAAGACUGAGACGACAACCACCACUGCUGUUGACGAGUCUGAACGUGAUUUCGAGGGCGAUGAGAAGAGCCGUGCUGUUGCAAAUAGGGAAGAAGAUCACCACUUGGGAAUCGUGAAGUCGACGGACUAUUCGAUCACAUACAAAGAUCCGAAAUAAUGGUCUACCAGUCGUACAGGAGAUGAAUUGACGGAUCUAAUAUGUUUGAUGGCCACUGCGUGCACUGGACUAAUUGCUUUUAUUUUCAUGCUCUUGCAAUAAUAUUUUUAUAUGUAUUUAAUUGCUAAUCUAUGAGCGAAGACCUUUUCUGAUAAUUGGAAGAUCACAAGGAUGCCUUCAAUCGAGGAUUAUGAUACCUUGUGGUCACGUCUGCAAAAAAAUAAUAUCCAUAGCACCAGUGUCUCGUCCUUCGAUCAAUCAUUGCCCCCAAUGGAUGGUCUCUGGAAUUUAUUCACUCCGUUGUCACCAUUCAUUGAUCUAGAGAGCAUAUCCCGUUCCUCAUUUUCCGACACGUGGUCUAUCUCUCCCGAGUCCAGACUGCCCUGUUGCACAACCUCUGCUCUUUGCUUUCGUACAUUCUAGAAGACAUGCA